UUGGCAUAUAAACGCAAAAUGAGCAGCGGUCCCAUGCAGCCAGUAGCACACAGAGCCAGCUGAGGAAUUCAACAGGUACCUAUAGACAUUUUUGAGCUCUCUCUCUCUCUCUUCCAGCGUGGAUGUACCGACUGCCUGCUCUCAUUCUGUGUGAUGGAUGGAAUUAAAGGCUCCAUGGAUUGGAAACCUGUCACUCUGCAAUAAUCUCAAGGCUUUCUGGCAUCUGAAAUAUUGCACCUUGGAGGUAUUUCGAUCAAUUUGGCAGAACGUAAAGACAUCAAAAGGCCUCAUUCAGCAGCAGUAUUUCCCCCAUCAUGAAGAGGGCUCUUCCUUUCCCAGGCUGGGUAAGAGCAGCGAGUUUGUUCCUAUGUUUGACUCAGACCGCCCUGGCAAUGGUCCUCACCAACUCCACACAACUCGAGUCCAUCCUGGACAAAUACAGGGAAAAGGAUGAGGAGUGGUGGAGGGCCCGGUCAAGAGGGAAGAGGGCCAUCAGCGACGGAGACAUGCACCUCAUCCUGGACUUGCACAACAAGCUACGGGGUCAGGUCUACCCUCCUGCCUCCAACAUGGAGUACAUGGUAUGGGAUUAUGAGUUAGAGAGGAGUGCAGAGCACUGGGCAUAUACCUGCCGAUGGGAACAUGGACCGAGCCAUAUGUUGACACAAAUAGGACAAAACCUUGGAGCGCACUGGGGCAGGGACCGCCCCCCUACCUACCAUGUCCAGGCCUGGUAUGAUGAGGUGAGGUACUACAGCUAUCCCUACUCCCAGGAGUGUAACCCACACUGCCCAUUCAGAUGUUCAGGACCUGUUUGUACUCACUACACUCAGUUGGUGUGGGCAACUAGCAAUCGAAUUGGCUGUGCCAUCAAUGUGUGUUACAACAUGAACGUUUGGGGAAUGAUCUGGGCUAAAGCUGUCUAUCUGGUCUGCAACUACUCUCCACCGGGCAACUGGUGGGGUCAUGCUCCUUACAAAUAUGGAACUCCCUGUUCUGCCUGUCCAGCUAGCUAUGGUGGAGGCUGCAGGGACAAUCUCUGCUACAAAGACGGGGGUGUUGACAGGCGUCCCGCUCCUGAGAUUGAGGAGACAAACUACAUUGAACCUGAAGCGGAACCAGUGAGGGACAGGGAGCCCCAACCCAGGGCCCAGACGCCAAACCCCUCACCCAAUGACAACCUAGAGAGAAACCAGGUUGUCAGCACAGAGCAGAUGUGUCAACAGGUCAACUGUGAGACUAAGCUGAGAGAUCAGUGCAAGGGGACGACCUGUAACAGAUAUGAGUGUCCACCUGGCUGCCUUGACACGCCGGGAAAAGUAGUUGGGACUGGCUAUUAUGACAUGCAAUCCAGCGUGUGUGGAGCUGGGUUACACUCUGGUGUCAUUGACAAUGACGGGGGAUGGCUGGAUGUGACCAGACUGGGCAGAAGACAACAAUUCACCAAGUCAUACAAGAAUGGUAUUCAAUCAAUUGGGAAAAACAGGAGUGCAAAUUCCUUCAAAGUAGAGAUGGUGCCUGUCAAGGCAGUAACAUGUGAUACCACCGUUGCACUUUUCUGCCCUUUCAAGAAACCUGUACGACACUGUCCCAGGUUGUAUUGUCCCAGGAACUGUCUGCGUGACAGUCAAGCCCGAGUCAUUGGGACAAAAUACUAUUCUGAUAAAUCCAGUAUCUGCCAAGCAGCCAUUCAUGCUGGAGUGAUCCAGAAUGAGUCAGGAGGGUACCUCGAUGUGAUGCCGGUGGACAAAAGGCAGCAGUACAGUGGCAGUUACCAGAAUGGCAUCACUUCAGAGAGCCUACUGAACCCAACAGGUGGAAAAGCCUUCAGAGUGUUUGCAGUCAUCUGAAAAACCACUCUCAAAGGACAGCGUACCGUCAAACAAGGCCAUAUCACAUCCAGCGAACCCAGUCAUUAUUAUCUUACAACAUGUAAUUACAUUCAUUCCUUCAGUAAAUAAUUCAGCUUCUGACACUAAAAGUUUAACAUGGCUUUACUCAAGGCUUCCCAUCUAUGUUUGGUCAUGAGUGAACCAGUGUCCAGUAAUUUCUCUGUUUGGUGAAUGAAAAUCCUGGAUGUCUUCUGCCUUACGGCAUUCCUAAAUGUCUAGUGCUGACCGUAAUAAUCACUCCCAUGCAUCAUGCUGACAUGAUAUCAUGACUUCAUGUUUUUUAUCACUUAAAGUUGAAUAUACACCACCAGAUUUAGCACCACUCAAAAUGCCUCCCACAAUUUCCAAACGUGAAGGUUAAAAUAUAACAUCAUAGCUUUUACCAAACUAAUUUUAGAUGUAUGCCUCAGCUCCAUGUCAACAUACACCAUAAUGGGGCAGUCAUUUACAGAGUCAUAAAAUCUGUUCAGACAUUUUGUGGGAGCAAGAUUAGACUAUUAUUCAGUCAGACCAUCCCUGCUGAAAUUAACUACCUGGGUAUUUGAUGCCAUCACACUUGCCCAAAACGCCAUCUUGUAUUUUCCUAUGGAGGACCAAACCAGGCAAAUUAUUGAGUAAAAUUACAAAUAAAUUGAUAUAAUAACCCAUUGGUUAUGUCUGGUAAUCAGCUUAGCCGAUACU